AUGAUCAUCGAUUCAACUUUGGUAGUCAAGAUCACUUUCUAUGCAAGCAUGGUGAUUUUCAUUUCCCUAACAUUCACAAGCAUUCUCUUUGGUUAACCUGAAAAGCUGACAAGAGGAUUUGAUCCAGAUGGCAUUGCAUGUGGUGCUGAUUUUGGAUCCAAAGAAUACCCCUACAUUUAUUUCAGUAAUCCCACCCCUUCUACUUAGUAUUAAUCAGUUUGUGUGAAAUCAUGUCCCAAACCCGAUCGCUAGAAUACAAUGCCCACACAACUGGAAUGUGUACCAAACUCUAUUGUUCAGUAAUGUAAGGCUAAAUUCUCCAUUGAUAAUCCAGACGACUAGUUUUUAAUAUAUGAUACUUUCCUUUACAAAGGCAAUAUCUGUAUGCCUAGAAAUUUAGCCUAUUAUGAGGCGAUCAAAGAUAUAGCAACUCCUCCAUCUAGGUUAACAAAUACAAGUGACGUGUUUUAUAAUAAAUGGAUGCUCCUCAUCUAUAUUAUCCUUGCUGGUAUUGCUUCAAAAUUACUGCUUGUCUAAUUAAAGGCCAAUACCUAAUAUAGUGUCUGGGGUUUGACCUUGGGAUUAUUUGUAUUUGUGGGAAGUCUGGGAAUUAUUUUUAUUUCCUAAGUAAGAGAAGCUAUCAAAAACUCAUUAGAAACUAAUUCAAUAUCUUCCUUUUAGGUUGAUGAAGAGUAUAUUUUGAAAAUGACAAAUGUACCAGAUCCAAUCAAUUUAAUAUUUUUAUCCUUUGUUUUUGUAAUACUGACAUUUUAUGGAGCUUAUUUCCUAUAUAACAAUUAUGAUAGAAUCAAAAAUCUGUCGGAAUUAUUUGAAUAAGUGGAAAAGUUUAUGGCUGAACACGAAUACCUUCAAGAAUUCUCAUAUCCUAUGAUUAUAGUACUUAAUUUCUUUCUAUUUUUAACCAUCUACACGGUUCUAUCAUUAAGAGCUUGUUUUGUGAUUGAUUUCCAAUAGAUUGGACCCUUUGAAAAGAUCUAAGGAGGAGUUCUCUAUUAUUUCCAGUUCUUGAUAUAUAUCUUUUUCUUUUGGGGAGUCCAAGUAAUCUUCGGAUUGAAUAACUACAUCAUAUCAUCAUCCUUAGUAUAAUGGAUUCAAGUGGGUCACGUACAUAAUCAGGAGUAAGAACUUCAAUACAAUCACAAUUAAUCUUCCCUUGUUUUAACCAGAUACUUUUUGCAAGAAGCCUUCUACAACAUAGGUAAGAUAACUUUUGCCUCACUUCUACUACUGAUUUCCCCAGUCAAGUUUGUGUGUGAUGCUUUGAAGGAUUGGGCAGUCAGGAGAAAAAAUGAGAAGUUUAGAAAUUUCCUUGUAAAAUAUUGCUGUUUGCCCUUCAUUGAGAUAUACAAUAAAACCAGACAAAUCGAGGAAGUUGUUUAUGUGGAAUUAGCAAUAAAUAGAAAAAAAAAUUUAUCCAUCAAUUUGUGCUUGAAAUUCAUUGAUGAAUAUUUGGAACUGAAAUAGGAGGAUUCGAGCACUGCAGAAAUCUUCGAAUAAUUAAGAAAUACCGUUGAUUCAUUCUUGUUGAUAACCAAAAUAUUUAUUGCCUUGUUUUGUGCAAUAAUCUGUAAGGUCAUUUUGGGUUUCAAAUACUUUUCAAAAGAGAUGUAUGAGACCAAUCUCACUUGUUUGGUUGCUGCAAUGAUAGGAUAUUAUGUUGCUUCAUUGUACUUCUAAACCUAUUCGAUUGUUCUUUAAGGUUUUGGCUACAUUUAUUUGAGAACAAUGAAUAUAUGUAAAAAGAAUAAUGAAAAUUUUGAGAAGAAUCAAUAGAAGAAGAAGGACAAUGCGUUUGAUACAUUUAAGAAUCUUUUUAAAGAAUUCUCUGAUAUCAUGAUUCAAUAUGAGAAUAAACUGAAAGAAUAGAAAAAUGAGGAACUUCCAAUUUGA